AGUGUCUGCUUUCGAUUCGAUAGCAUUAGCAUUACCAGAACCGAUUCGUCAGAGUGCGGACUUCGUUCCAAGACCCGAGUUUGUUUUCGUCGGGUUUUCAAAAAGAAUAAAUGUGAAAUGAAUUCUCAUACGGACGUCCUCGACACGUCGAUCCCGGCUUUCAUAGCCAAACUUUGGCACAUGGUAUCGGACAGUUCGACCGACGAUCUCAUCUGCUGGGGCCAGGAAGACACAAGUUUUGUAAUUAAAAAUGAACAGAGGUUUUGUUCUGAAUUGUUGCCUAGAUAUUACAAGCACAACAACAUGUCAAGUUUUAUCAGGCAGCUUAAUAAAUACGACUUUCACAAGGUGAUAUCUGCUGAUUCGCUUUCAUUAAAAAGCGCAGUUGAUAAACAGGAUCUGGAAUUCAUUCAUCCUCAUUUCGUUAAGAAUUAUCCUGGCUUACUCUCUCAAAUCAAGCGCAAGCUUUCAAACUCAAAGGAAGUCUCCGAGUUUAAAGGUGAUCACAAUAUUUUAACAAAGCUUGUCAAAGAGGUACAGCAAUUACAAACAAAGCAAGAGUUAGUGGAAAGUAAACUUAUCGCCAUGAAAAACGAGAAUGAUGCAUUGUGGCGUGAGCACGCUGUCAUGAAGAAAAAACACCACACUCAACAAAAAAUCGUUAACAAGCUUGUUCAAUUCUUGGUGUCCCUUGUCAGAGGAAUAAAUAUUAGAGGAGGAAUACCCCUCAUGCUAAAAGAUAACAUUAUUCAACCUGUCGAUGGUCUUAAAGCUAUAAAAGCUCGAGGUUUUGGAGAUAAUGCCAAACCUACAAUAUGUGAAGUAGAUCAUUUAGGACCAAUGAAGGAUUCAACAAACAUCAAUAUAGCUGAACUUUUAGCUAGUCUACCUUCAAGAUUUAGCAAUAACAUUGACAAGUUACAGAAAACAGCUAAAAAUGAUGGAUUUCAGCCGUCCAUCUAUUCAACAUUAGAAAGACCAAAAUUGAGUAUUCAAGCUGUUAAGCCUGGUGCCAAGCGAAAGACCCCUGUUGCAACUGUCGUCAAACCGAAGAAAGCUAAAACAACAGGACCAUGUUUUACAGAUGAGCAAGUACAAUUGGAUAUAAAUGAUAUAACAGGAUUUGAUUUGGAUUCCUCACCAACGUUCCCUGUUGUGACAUCACCUGGUGGAAUGAUCAUUAAUUCACCUAAUAGUAACGACGGUUUAUUAGAAGAUAAAGGGAAUUCUGCACAAUUGAACGAACCACAGUCCGAUGUCCAAUUGUCACCCCUGUCAACCAUAUGUGCUCGUUUGGACACAGAAGUUGAGCAACAAGAUCCGCAAAAGUUAGAUAACGCUUCUGAUAUGGGAUCACAUUUAGAAGGGAUACAGUCAGAUCUAGAUGCUCUGAAAGAUAUAUUGAAAAGCGAAAACCUAAGUUUUGACGCUAACACAAUAAUGGGUCUAUUUAAUGUCGAAGAUGGGAUGUCACUGGACAACACAAUGGAUGGCGGAGAAGGAUGGAGUGGCAAAUUAUCCUUAGGCUCAGAUGAUAAUGGUACAGAAAUUGUUCCUUAUACACCGAUUUUAUUUGAUAUGGUAAACGAAUUAAACCCUGGGGAUGAGAACGGGCCUGACGACCCUGUUGUGCCGGAACUCGACGCUAAUUUGCCCGAUUUAAACACUCCGUUGCCUGAGAUUUCCGAACUAAAUACACCCUUGCCGAUCGCAGAAGAACUGUUAGGAUUGAACGAACCCGACGAUUUAUGAAAAGAAUUUCAGUGAUUGUAUAAAAGUGUUUUGUUUUAGUUCAUCUUUUUAUUUUGUUAGUAACAAAAAAAAUCUUCUAAUGAGAAUAUUGUUCCAACUUCUCUUUGGAUGCGAAACAUAAGAAUUGAUGAUAAUUACAAUUCUGUUAAUAACAUGAUAAAAUAUAUGAGUUGAAAACACAAUUGCUUUUACACAUUAAUAAUUAUUUUUAUGAUAUAUUUACUUUACAAAAUUCCUAAUUAAGGUUGUAAUUUUCAUCAGAUUCAUUUAAAUCAUAAGUCAUAGAAUGCAGUUAUUUAUUAAAGCUCUCACCACAUUGAUGAUAAAGAAUUCUAAUCAUAAUGGAGGAAUUUUAAGAUGAUACAACACCCUAUUAGAGAAAAAAAUCCAUUAUUUAAAACAUUAGCAGGGCAGUGAAUGUAAUUUUAUUGCUGCUUAAGAAAAGAAUUCUAUGUUAAUUUUAAAAAAUGUGAAUUUUUAAUUUACAGUAGAUUUAUUUCUUCGUAUAGAGAUAGUGUAAUUAAAUUCAUGAUUGUAUAUAAUUAAUAUACAAGGAUCUAUAUUUUUGCCAAAAAUGUUGACAGACCUUUACUAAAGAUUAGACUGUAGUUGUCACAUGUUAAAUUUCAAAAAUCCUAGAUGAUUUGUGCGACUAAAAUUAGACAUUAAAUUUAUUCGAUAGAAUUAACAGUGAUUAUUAAUAUUUUUGGGCAAAUCUCUAAAGCUUGUUUUGUAGCGAGCAAGAGCUUUUCAAUUAAUUUUAUUCAAAUUGUAUUGUACAUUUUACCCUUCAUUUUGAAAGAAGCUAUAAUUUUGAUGGUUUUACAUAUUAAGCACUAUCUAAAUAAGGUUUUUGUUAUCUUUUGUUUAAACAGCAAAAAAAUGUCUUUUUUUUAUUGUUUCCAAUAUAUUUUUGAUCUUUUCAACUAAAAUUAUCUUA